GGCGUCGACAUCACUUGCUACAGUAUCAACGUUCUCGUCUGUUCCAGGGUGCUCCCAGUUUCAGAUUCUGCGGAACGCGUCAACGAUCAACAUGCCAGGACCGUCGCCUUUCCAAGCCAUUGCGAUCUGCAGCACGCUGCUCUACGCCAAGUACAUUGCCGUCGCGCGCAUUAGUGCCAAGAAGAAGUUUAUCGCUGGCAACCGCGCACCCGAAGACGAAGGCUUCCGCCCCGGUAUGAAGCAGUCGUUUGGCCUGUCGUCGUCCGAGGCCCUCUCGCCCAAGGAAGUCGCGGCCAAGAUUGAGGACCUGCGCUGGCAACGCAUCCUCGCCAACGACGUCGAGAACAUCCCGCUCGGCCUCAUCAUGGCGUACGGCGCCGCGACGACCGGCGGCAACGCGAGUGUGACCGUCGCCGCCAUCACGACCUUUACGGCCGCGCGCUUCCUCCACACGAUCGCGUACGCCAACGGGUGGCUCUACCCGCGUGUCGCCGGCUUUGCUGUUGGUGCGCUCAGCAUCUUUGUCCUCGCUGGCAACUCGAUCGUCGGCGCGUUCACGAACGACCAUCGCGCGACCGCGUAGAUCGCUGUAUCUCCUUUGAAUCGACUUCAUUUUAACCCA